CCUCAGCGCUACUUUAUAAGAGGCUUUCUGAGAUGGUCUUAGAAGUUGUUUCACUUUCAUCUUUUCCUUUCGUUCUUCCGCAGACCUUUUUGCAGACCUCUUGAUUGUGACAUGUCGGAGUGGAGGAGGCCAUGAGUCAACCAGUCGUGUUGCCUUAUAAAGCACCAGAACAGCCUUAGGACGCACUCAGAAAGUGUGGAUGCAUGGAAUGUAGUACACAAGAAAGAAGUACUUUUUUAAUUGCAGAGACCAGCUGGGUUAGAACCUUGGAAUAUUUCAAUUUGCCCCCCGCCGCCCCCCUGGAUUAAGCUCUUUCACAAGUCGUGUAUCUUGUCAUCGCCAAGCAGUGUCCCCAUUCUUACCCCAUCUGCAGCCCAAAACCCUCAAUGCCCGUUGCUGAUGCCUCCUUCAGCUCCAGGCGGGAGCUCCUUGACCUACGCGGCCCCCCUCUGAGCAGGGAUCCGUCUCUGGAUGACCUGAGCCCCGUGGACUCUCACAUAGACAGUCUCGUAGACUCGGGGGCCAGACACACCGAUGCUCCCGUUCGGCCAUCCAUUCUCACUGGAGUUUCCACCUUUCCAGGACAAAUCUAUGUGGCACAAAGCAGCCUUUGCUCAGAGUCACAGAUUAGGUUGAAUCAAACCCCCACAGACUCAAAUCAGCUUUGCGGCUGGGGGGCUCUGACACCCAAAGCUGUCCAAGUCUUCAACACUCCCCGUUGGGUGUUGUUUUUCCUGUGCGUGGCCUCUUUCCUCCAAGGGAUGAUCAUCAAUGGCUUCAUCAACACCGUGGUGACAACCAUAGAGAGGCGCUUCGACCUGCGAAGCUACCAAGCGGGCCUCAUUGCCAGCUCCUAUGACAUCGCGGCGUGCAUUUGCCUGGCCUUUGUCAGCUACUUUGGCGGGACGGGCCACAAGCCUCGCUGGCUGGGUUGGGGGGUGCUUCUCAUGGCUUUGGGUUCUCUGGUCUUCGCCUUGCCUCACUUCACCACGCCACCUUACCGGGUCAGUUUGUCCAAGCAGAGUGGAAUGUGCUCUGCCAACCGGACCAGCCCUUGCCAGGACCAAGAGGGCGAGGGAUUGUCCAGCUAUCGAUUUGUGUUCAUGCUGGGACAAUUUCUCCACGGCGUGGGCGCUACACCCCUUUACACGCUGGGUGUCACGUAUCUGGAUGAGAAUGUCAAGUCAAACUACGGGCCUGUUUACACCGGGAUCUUUUACACUGCAGCCAUUGUGGGUCCAGCAGCAGGUUACCUACUUGGGGGUUACUUUCUCAACAUUUACACUGAGAUCCACCUCACGACAGAGAUGACCCCAGAGAACCCUCUUUGGGUUGGUGCUUGGUGGAUUGGCUUCCUACUUGGAGGAGCAGCAGCUCUGUUGGUGGCGUUUCCCAUCCUGGGCUAUCCAAGACAGCUGCCAGGUUCUCAGGAGCACAAGGCCACGCGGGUGUCUGAGGCCCACCAGCUCAAAGAUGGCAGUCACACCACAGCUUCGGACCCUCAGUUUGGCAAAUCAGUCAAAGACAUGCCAAGAUCUGUGCUGCUGCUCCUAAAGAAUCCCACCUUCUUGUUUUUGUGCUUGGCUGGUGCUACAGAGGCCACUCUCAUUGCUGGCAUGUCAACAUUUGGUCCCAAAUUCUUAGAGUCUCAAUUCAGCCUCAGUGCAUCUGAAGCUGCCACCUGGUUUGGCUACAUGGUUGUACCCGCAGGAGGCGGGGGCACUUUCCUGGGGGGCUAUAUCGUAAAGAAACUGAACCUCCGCUGCCGAGGCAUCAUUCGUUUCUGCAUGCUCUGUGCCACUGUCAGUCUGAUCGCCAUUUUCAUCUUUCUCAUCCACUGUCCGAAUGUGCCCUUGGCCGGAAUCACCACCCCAUACCGGUCGCCGGUCAAAAACCCAAUGGACCAGUUCCAGCAGCUUUAUGACCGACCUAAUCAUCUGAGGGCGAGAAACAGCAGCUCUUCUGUAACGGAGAGCUUGACAGUGGGCUGCAAUGAAGGUUGCAGCUGUGUCUGGGAGCUGUAUAACCCCGUUUGUGGUGCUGAUAACGUCAUGUAUUACUCCCCAUGCCAUGCUGGCUGUACCUCCAUCAACCACACAGAAGACUCCACGGGCAAAAAGGUGUACUCUGGAUGCAGCUGCGUGGUCUCGGCUAAUGGCUCUUUGGAGCAGAAUGGAUUUGCUACGGCAGGAAAGUGUGGCAGCAGCUGCCAACACAUGUCAGCCUUCCUCUCGUUCUUCUUCAUCAUCAUCUUCUUCACCUUCCUCUGUAGCAUCCCGGCACUCACUGCCACACUCAGGUGUGUUCCAGACAGUCAGAGAUCUUUUGGACUAGGGAUCCAGUGGAUUGUGGUACGCACAUUUGGUGGCAUUCCUGGACCCAUCGCAUUUGGCUCCAUGAUUGAUAUUUCCUGCUUACUAUGGCAGGAUAAGUGUGGAGAGCAGGGCUCCUGCUACCUCUAUCAGAACACGGCCAUGAGCCGAUACACACUGUUCGCUGGCAUUCUUUAUAAGGUUUUGGGGACAAUCUUCUUCUUGCUGGCCAGCAUCUUGUACAAGCCUCCCCCGGAGUCACCUCAAAGCAGCUGUGAAAGCAGUGACCACGAAACCUUCUGCUUUUUCAUCCUGCGCACUAAACCCACCAAUCCUCAGUGUCGGAAAGGAAAAGCCCUAGAACUCCUUCAGUACGCUCAGGAGCGAGCCAGCUGGCCCCAUUUAAUCAACACAACUCUUGGUCAACAUUCCCUCGGAACCCUGUCAUGAAUGCUCAGAAGAGAACGGAAGCAAACUCCAUAUUUGAUUUUAUUGCCUUUCCUGUUUCCAAAUGUUUAAGCACUUUUCUGCAACCAAAUUGUGUUCCGGUAAGUACAUGUAACUUCUGUACAAUAAACUGUGUUCUAGCAGGUGGGAAUGUUGACCUCCAAUCCUUCCAUCAUAAUCCUUUUCCAACUGAAUCAGAAUACGGUGGACCUUGAGUUACGAAUCUCCAUUUUUAUGAACUAUUUGGGCUUUGCACAAAAUAUCCAUUGAAAAACUAUCUCUAUGUACAAUUUUCGAUAUACGAACGGUCUUUAUGGAUGAGCGGAUGGAUAUAUGUUAUCCUCCUUCUCGUGCUACAUAGCCAUUAUUAGCAUUCUCGAUCAUCCAUUGACAACCGAUGGACGUGGUCGCCCAAACAAAGUCUAAAAAGUUCUUUUAUUUUCAUCAGAAAAUAUUAUUUACAAUAUAUUUUAUUGAAAGGAAUGUAGCGUCUCCUUCAGACAAUGAACGGUUAAUGUCGGUUGAAUCAUAUCAAAAUAGCCUUCCACGCCUGUUGUCGUGGAAGUUCCACCUACAUUCACCCGAUCACAAAUGCCAGAAGCAGUCGCGUUAUGAAUGUAUGCGUCAGUAGGUUCCAUGGUGACACUUUGACCUUUUGCUAAACAAGCAGACAAAGUACUUACAAUUGGAACGGCUGCAAAGAAAACGGAAGCUGCUAAAGUGAAUGUUAAAAAAAGCUCGUUGUGUAGCCAGGUUGUGUGCAUCAUGCAAAGCAAGGUCAGCACUGAAUUUUUGUACUAGUUUUGCUCUUGACAAAGAGCUUGCUGGUGAUAGAUAAUGUGAGGGAGACAAUCAAAAAAUUACAUGGAAGAAAAAUGUUUUCAAAAGAAAUGUCAAAUUAAUCUUUUAUAGUAAAUGACAAUAUGACGUACCAUUUUAUGACAUUUUUGGAACAGACAGAGACAAGUUUGGACCGAUUUACCAAAAUCAAGCAAUGAUUUAGAAAGGAAAGACACACACAAAAAAAAAGAAAACGGAAUGUUUUUAUUUAUAGAGGGCGACUUUUUCAAUGGAGACGCUGUGGUCGUUCUUUCCCUUUUCUCCUCCUUUGUUAAAGUUAACAAGCAAUAAAUAGUCACCGUGUUUUUUUUUAAGGUUCAUUUCUUUGAGUGUGUUUUCACAUAUCUAUAAUGGAUUAUAUUUAUUUUUAACCUCACACUGUUUAAAAAAAAAA